AUGACAUAAGAUUCCUCGCCAGAUCAUUAGUAUAAUAAUAGAUAGCUGAAAUAAGCUCUUCAGAAAGCUGUUUUUUCGCCACCUUUAGAGAAUAGUCGUCAAAACAAUCAGAAUUUAAUUUUGACAGAUAACAGUUCAAUACUAAUCAAGAACAAUAGUUCAACAGGUUCAGCAGAUAUGUUUGCAAAAUUACCCUUUGAAAAUACUAGUCCAUAGCUAAAUAAUUAAACUUUGAAUCAAAGAUAGAUUAGAAAUCCUUUCGUAAAUCACAAUCUUAAUAAUCCAAAUACUAGUGACUCUAAUUCUUCUAUGAUAAGCACUGAAAGGACUAAACCUCAUUAAAAUUUGCAAUCUAAGUAGCCUAAUUAGAAGAAAACUAAGUCUAAGAAAUCUAAAAGUCAAUCAAAUCGGAAUAGUUAGACGAGAUCAUAAAAAACUAAAGACAUUUUGACGGGAAAACCUUUAAUAAAUAAAACUUAACCAGAGGAUACAUUAAUAUAAGAGGGAGUGAAGCUUUUAUUCUAAAAAAGCAAACCUAUUAAAGAUCUAAAAUCUGGAGGACAUCAUCUAGCUUAAAGUCUACUUAAUAAGCCUGCCAUUCCAAGAAGCACCAAUAAAACAAGCAUUGAGCAAAAAGAGAAAGAGCCAGCACUUAAAAAAGCAAAGACAAGAAGUUCAGUCAACAAAAAGACUUCAUUUAGUCUAAAAAGAGCCUAAACACUGCUAGAUGAGGAAUCUUACAAAGAUCAGACAAAUAUAGUAGUCCCUAAUAUGAGAAAUCUCAAUUAGCUUCACUAAAAUUUCCAUGAAUAAAAGAAUUCACUCGACUUUUCAGAAUACAAUGACGAGCUAUUUGAUGUGAAUUAAUUACAAUCCCAAAAUGGAUUUAAUAAUUUUAAACAGCACCAAUCCUAAUCAUCAAAUCAGUAGGAUUCUCAUGAAAAUGUAAAAUAAACUAGAGCUAUCUAAAUAAUGAUAUCUUUUAUCAAGCAUCACUCUAAAGAUACAAAAAGACAAUAUUUUGAAAAGUGGAGAUUCAAAUCUUUGGCUCAGAGAAGCAGUGUCUAAGUAUUGGCUUAGACUAGAUGGAUAAAUGAAGUAUAAAGUUAAAGCAGUGUAACAGAUUCUGAAGCUCUAUAAAAAUAGAGAGAUUUAGUAUUAAGAAAGUGUGUAGGAUGCCUGUUUAGAUAUAGAUCUAGAAAGCUUGCUAAUUCCUUCGUACAAUGGAAGUAUCGCACAUAAUUCACCUAAUAUAUGUAAAACUAUUUGAAAUACAAGCAGGUAGGACUUGGAAACAAUACGAUGUCAGAAUUCAGCUAUCAGCAAAGCAGCCCAAUCAAUUAUCAAAUUCAAUAAUAAAUAAUGCUUUAAUAGUAAUAGAAGGUUUUUCAAAAUUUGCCUAAAAAUAAUACAUAUGUAAAUAGAUAAAGUAACGGAAAUGAUUAUCCAUCAAGUGAAUAGGAUUAGGAAAAUAUAAGUGAAGAUGAGGAUUAAGAGACUUUGUCUAAGUAAAAGAAAAUUGGCUUGGUUUAAAAUAAGACUGUUGGCCGAUCAUCCUAAAAAUAGUAUAACUUUACUAAUCCCUAAGCUUAACUUGACUAGCUCCCUUAUCAAUUUGAGUUGUUUAAGCAGAUAUUGCAGAGUCCAAAUAAAGAUUUUGGAAGAUUGAUGAAGAUGACAAGUGAAAACAGCAUUCAAUAUAUGAAUGAUGAUAUGUUCGGAGAUGAUUUAUCUUCUCGUAGACCUUCUCAUCAAAGAUAAAAUUAUCCUAAUCAAAUUAAACCUUAUGCUCUUAACUAAUAAUUUCAGUACUAGUAAAGGUAGGUAAAUGUUCAAGGCACUCUGAUUGUGAAAAAGAAACUUGAAGGACAGUUAAGAGAGGUAUUUAGAAUAUGGAGGAGAGAAACUGAUAUUUACUUAAUCAGCGCCGAUUAUAAAGUUAAGAAGAAUGAGUUGCUCGGGUCCUUAAAAUAUUCAGAACUUUUCUCUAAAAUGAAGAAUAUAAAUGAUAAAGCUUUGAUUAGGCAUAUACAGGGGGCUUUUAAUGCUUGGAAGAUUACCACCAUAAUUGAUAAGAAAGCCGAAAAUAAGAAGCUGCAAUAGUAUUUUAUGAAUAAUGCCAAACUUGAAAUUUAAAAAAGCAAGGUAGUCCUAUAAAAACUCUAUCAUUAGAAACAAUUAUAUGACUAGUAGCAGCAGAUCUAAGAGAGAUCAAGAUCCUCAAGCCCUAAUCCUUUCUAAACUAAUGGAUAGUAAUGGAACCAGAGCUUCAAUAUUGGAAAUUAUAACAGUCCUUCGACUUUUUCUCAGAAUCCUAAUUCCUAAAGAGUGAGUGGCAUCAUGUCUAAUGAUCAUAUAAUGCAAAUGAUGAACCCCUAUUUUCUUAAGAAUUAACAUGCACUGCCCUCGAGACUUUAGCAAAUGGUAGUUGAUAAGAACUCACAAUUAGAAGUAGUCAAUCAAAUAAAAUCCCUAUGCUAUGAUAUGCUAUUAGAAAUACUGGACGAAGCAGAUAAAAAUAAUAAACAACCAACAUCUAACUGA